GGCACACAAUAGCCGAACAUAAUUGUUUGGUAUAAAACCUAGCACACAAAUUCUAUAUCAUCACUGUUGAUUCACCAUCAAUCAUGUUUCGUAUUUCAAGCUUCUGUCUCCUAAUUGUCCUUCAGGUCGUGACCGCAGAGCCGCCUCCUCCUCAUUGUAGAGUCAUUCCCCGAGUGGAAAAUCCUACAAAAUGCUGUAAUUUCCCAAAAAUAUUUAAGGAAGAGGACUUCAAAGAUUGUGAUAUAGAAUUACCACACGAAAACAGUUCUAGACCAGGCCCUCCAGAUUGCUCCAAGCAGAUAUGUUUAUUGAAAAAAUACAAUCUCAUGAAAGAUGAUACCGAGGUAGAUAAGGAUGCAGCGACCGAAUUCCUGGAUAAGUUCGUUGAAUCUUAUCCCGAUUUCAAGGAUGGUGUCGAAAAGGCCAAGGAAUUUUGUAUUAAAAAUGAUUUGCCCGAAUCAAAAGUGUGUCAACCUACAAAGAUUGUAUUUUGCAUUAGUAAUGUAAUGUUUAUGGAAUGUCCGAAAUGGGAAGACGUUGAUGACUGUAAGAAAAUAAAAGAUUACGUUGAAGAGUGUAAAAAAUAUUUUGAAAAAACUAAUUAA